GGAUGCGUGGGCAGAGAAUUUGGCAGGAAGGGGCAGGUAGGUGAUCCAUCUUUCUUGACUGGCCACAGAAGCGGAUGAUCUCGUUCACAUGGCGUCGAAGCCAGUCAUAGGGAUCGACCUGGGCACCUUCUUCUGCUGUGUGGCACUGUACCAAAAUGGGACGGUGGAGACCGUUCCAAACGCUCAGGGCCUUCAUACCACGCCGUCCUACGUAGCUUUCAAUGAAAAACAACACUUCGUCGGUCAAGCGGCCGUGAGGAUAGGGAUGCGUUUCCCCAAGCAAUGCGUCUACGAGGUAAAGCGGCUGAUAGGGAGGUCUUUUCUUCAUCCCAUGGUCCAGAUGUACAAGGCAAUGUGGCCGUUCGAAGUGGUGGCGGGGGAACGAGACAUGGCCGUUGUACGGUUCGAUAAGGUCCCUAGGGAAUUCGGAAAGAAUUCGUUCGGACCCGCCGAAAUCUCCUCCUUUCUGCUUAAGAACAUGAAAAGCAUUGCCGAGAAGCUCGCUGAUGGCGAUAUCGAGGAUGCUGUGAUAACUGUUCCCGCACACUUCAGUGACAGUCAGCGGGAGGCCACGAGAGAGGCAGGGCGUCUAGCGGGUUUGAACGUGCUGCAGCUGAUGAACGAACCGACGGCGGCUGCCGUGGCGUACGUUUAUGAAAAGAAAAUAAAUACGGAGUCUGUUGGAAAGAAUAUCAUGGUGUUCUAUCUGGGAGGAGGCACGCUUGACGUCUCAAUCAUUACCCUCGAUAGCGGCAGCCUACUUGUGCGCGAGGUGAAAGGCGACUCUGAUCUGGGAGGUGCCGACUUCGGCAGCAACCUCAUCAGGUAUGUCGCAGAGAAGCACAGGCUUAAGACGGGUUGCAAUGUUCUCGGCGAGGAGAACGAGAAAAUAUUUCCGCGAUUGAGGGAGGCCAUCGUUACGGCAAAGCACACUUUGUCCACCCAAGACGAGGCGGACAUUGAGUUGUACUCCAACGAUGUAGAUCUCAACCAGUCCAUACUCCGAUCAGAGUUCGAACGGGUCAAUGAGGAGCUCUUCCAAAAAUGCAUGGCUACGGUUGAGAGAGCACUUCGAGGAGCCAAGAUGACUAGUCAGGACAUCUCCGAAGUGAUUUUAGCCGGAGGAUCAACGCGGAUAAAAAGAGUCCACGAGCUACUCCAGCAAUUCUUUGGCAGGGCUCCGUUAUCAGUUGUUCAUCCGGAUGAAGUGGUGGCACAUGGUGCGGCCGUGCAGGCAGCUUUUCUAUCUAAACUUGUUAUUGGAAAGCAUAAGCCUAAGGUGCCCGUGUGCAACGUCAAUCCGAAAAGCAUCGGAGUGAUGAGAAGUCCCGGGGAAAUGAGUGUUUUGAUCCCCAAGAACAGUCCUCUUCCGGCAAAAGGGGAGCUCGAGGUUGAGUGCCUCUACGAUUACCAGGAGGCGAUAGAGUUCCAGUUGUAUCAAGGAGAGAGAGCUUUAUGCCGUGAUAACCAGUUCCUGGGGGCCUUCAUGUUGACGGGUUUCAAACCGGUUCCUGCCGACGGGAAACCAGCGGCGAAGCUCGUUGUGACGGUCGACAAGGACGGGAUUAUUCAUGCAACGGCGGAGACCAUAGCGAAUAGCUAUGAGCCCCGAAAGAGAGAAGAGAAGGAUAUCAUCGGGCGGUUCAGCAAGGAUGGGGCGGAUGCUACAGUCGACGAUGUGGGGGAUUGGAGAGCUGCGGAGAGAGCAGACGAGGAGCGGAGGGCAGAGUUCAAGGCGCGGCGGGAGCUCCUGUAUCUCGCAUGGGAACUUCGGGAUAAAAGAUUUGAGAAGAUGUCCAAGCCGGAGAUAUCGCGUGUAAUCGAGGAGCUGGAGUGGUUACAGUCUGAGGAGAGUUACGCGUCGAAACGGACCUACGAGGACAAGACCAAGAAACUCCGUGCAAUUCAAGCCCGCUUCGGCGGUCGGUUAUGAUCUGUUGUUUGAGCCGGAGUUCUUCAGAACAGCAAAGGGAGCCUCUCCACGUUUCUCUAUGGUCGCUCGUGCCUCCUAUGCU